CCAAGAACCGGAGGCUCGGAGCGCAUCCAGCCUCAGCCAGAGCCGCGCUCGGCGAUUCGACUGGGGCGGCGUCGAGGGGACCCACGGGGGUCUGCAGGGGCUCGCGGGAGUCGCGAACCAUGCUGCCGCGGCGCUGACAGGAUCGGAGGAAGCACCCUCGUGCUAUGGAGGCCCUCACAGACGACGGCGACAUCUGCCGGGUGUGCCGGUCCGAAGGCACCGCCGAGAAGCCGCUCUACCACCCGUGCGUGUGCACGGGCAGCAUCAAGUACAUCCAUCAGGACUGUUUGCUACAAUGGCUGAAGCACAGCAAGAAGGAAUAUUGCGAGCUGUGCAAGCACAGAUUUGCGUUUACACCAAUCUACUCGCCCGACAUGCCGUCUCGGCUGCCGCUGCGCGACAUCCUGGCGGGGCUGUUCCGCAGCGUGUGCACGGGCGUUCGCUUCUGGCUGCACUACACUCUCGUGGCCUUCGCCUGGCUCGGGGUCGUGCCCCUCACCGCCUGCCGCAUUUACAAGUGUCUCUUUACUGGCUCCGUGAGCUCCCUGCUGACCUUGCCCCUGGACCUUCUUUCUACGGACAAUCUCCUGGCCGACUGCUUCCAGGGCUGCUUCGUGGUGACGUGCACGCUGUGCGCCUUCAUCAGCCUCGUGUGGCUGCGCGAGCAGAUCCUGCACGGGGGGGCGCCGCCCUGGCUGGAGCAGAACCAGCAGGCGCGCAACGCCAACCCUGACGCCAACCCUAACGCCAACCUCGACGUCAAUCCCAACGCGAACGACAACGGCCCCGGGCAGCCAGCGCCGCAUGACGCGCAGGCUGAAGAGGUCGUCGAUCUGGGGGCACCACCGGCCAGAGAUGGAGCCGAGGAUGGAGAGCCGGCGGGCGGAGGAGCGGCGGAGGGCGCAGGUCCCCAGGACGGGGUCGUGCCUCCCGUUGUGGCUGAGCCCGCGGGGGAUGGCGCACCAGGGCCGCGGGACGUCGAGGAGGGCCCGCAGGAGGAGGAGGAAGAGGAGGUGGAGGGGGAGCUGGAGGAGGAGGUGGAGGUGGGGGAUGGGGAGGAAGAAGAGAACGUAGAAGAUGAAGCUGCAGCUGACGGUGUUGAUGGUGCUGCCCAAGGAGGGAACUGGAACGCGCUGGAGUGGGACCGAGCGGCAGAGGAGCUCACGUGGGAGCGGAUGCUCGGCCUUGAUGGAUCCCUCGUGUUUCUGGAACACGUCUUCUGGGUCGUGUCGUUGAACACCCUCUUCAUUUUGGUGUUUGCGUUUUGCCCCUACCACGUGGGCCACUUCUCUGUGGUGGCCAUGGGAGUCAAGGAGCAUGUGAUGUGCCCGUGUGUUCGUGGUCUCUGCCACCAGGUGGCAGCUUCGCAUUUCGAGGGCCUCAUCACCACUAUCGUGGGCUACGUGCUGCUCGCCCUUGCGCUCGUGCUCUUCCACGCCCUGGCGUCGCUGGUGAGGUUCCAGCGUUCCAAGCGGAUCCUUGGUCUCGGCUACGUUGUGGUCAAGGUGUCUCUGCUGGUCGUGGUGGAGAUCGGGGUGUUCCCACUCAUCUGCGGCUGGUGGCUGGACAUUUGUUCACUGGAGAUGUUUGACGCGACGCUGAAGGAUCGAGAGGCGAGCUUCCAGUCGGCGCCGGGCACCACCAUGUUCCUGCACUGGCUGGUCGGCAUGGUCUACGUCUUCUACUUCGCCGCCUUCAUCCUGCUGCUGCGCGAGGUUUUGCGACCGGGACUUCUGUGGUUUCUCCGAAACCUCAACGAUCCAGACUUCAACCCCGUACAGGAGAUGAUCCACCUGCCGAUUUACCGACACGUUCGCAGGUUCAUCCUCUCCGUGAUUGUGUUUGGCUCCAUCGUGCUGCUCAUGCUGUGGAUGCCCAUCCACAUAAUAAAGUCUCUCCUGCCAACGUUCCUUCCCUACAACGUCAUGCUCUACAGCGACGCCCCUGUGAGUGAGCUAUCGCUGGAGCUGUUGCUGCUGCAGGUGGUACUGCCGGCGCUGCUGGAGCAGGGCCACACACGCCAGUGGCUCAAGGGCCUGGUGCGCGCGUGGACACUCGCCGCCGGCCGACUCCUGGACCUGCGCUCCUAUUUGCUUGGGGACGAGGCUGAAGGAGACACCGCUACGGAGCCGCACGCCGGUGCCGAUCACCAGCCGGGGCCCAACAACAACAACAACGCCGCCGAGCUGGAGGAGGGGGUGGCGGCAGCGCCGCCCAUGCCGGCGCCCGCGGCGGCGCCGGCGGCGGCGCCAGCCCUGGGAGGUCUCAACAUGGCACAUCAGGCCAUGCUGCAGCAAGGAGGCCCCGUGGGCUUCCAACCGUACCACCGGCCCAGCCACUUUGCGUCCCGGGUGAUGAUGCUCUUGGCUCUUCUGUGUUUCACGCUAAUGGUGGCAAGUCUUGUCUGCCUUAUUGUACCAGUGCUGGCAGGACGUUGGCUCAUGUCGUUCUGGACGGGCGAGACGCGCAUCCACGAACUCUACACGGCCGCGUGCGGCCUCUACGUGUGCUGGGUGGCAGCGCGGGCCAUCACCAUCUCGGCCGCGUGGCUGCCCCAGGGCCGCACGGUGCUGCUGCAGAAAGUGAAGGAGUGGAGUUUGCUGCUCAUCAAGUCCGUGGUGGUGGCUGUGCUGAUGGCGGGCGUUGUGCCCCUGCUGCUUGGCAUCCUGUUUGACCUGGUGGUGGUGGCGCCUCUCCGGGUGCCACUGGACCAGACGCCAAUUUUCUUUCCCUGGCAGAACUGGGCACUCGGAGUCCUGCACGCCAAGAUCAUCACGGCCAUCACCCUCAUGGGCCCGCAGUGGUGGCUCAAGAGCAUCAUCGAGCAGAUCUACGCGAACGGGCUGCGCAACAUGAACCUGUGGUUCAUCAUCCGCGAGCUGGCGGCGCCUGUGGUCACCGUGCUGCUGCUCUACCUGUGCAUCCCCUACGUCAUCGCCGCUGGCGCCGUGCCGCUGCUGGGGGCCGCGCCGGAGAUGCAGACGCUGGUCCGGCGCAGGAUUUACCCGCUGGUGCUCAUGGUGGUGAUGUUGCUCGGAUUUGUCUCCUUUCAAGCUCAGCAAUUCCGCCGCCUCUACGAGCACAUCAAGAAUGACAAGUACCUGGUGGGGCAGCAGCUUGUCAACUACGAGCAGAAAUCCGCGGCAGCCAGGAGCGCGCAGGCUGCUGCCAGCGCUGUUCCACCGCCGCCGCCGCUGUGAGCUGCCAAGCGAUCCGACCCAACCACCUCUACUCGUGCACGCCAUUUCCUUCCGCAGGCAGCCGGGGACACGUGAAGGAGGCGUCCUCCAGUCGACCGCGGUUACCAAUGCCUUCACAUCUUAGCCGUACGGUCACGCAGUGGCGCAGUGUGUCGUGCGCAAUCUCACAUGACGAUGCCAGGCUCGGUGGUGUUUGUAAAUGAGUAUAAUCUGUACAAACAAACGUGUCUUUUUCUCAUCGGCUGUACAUUUACUGUCAACGCUACUUUAGGAGUGCUCGGAUGCAGCACAAUAAAUGUCAAUGGAUGUACCGUU